GCCCCUCCCUCGCAUUCAAUACACAGUGGGAAUUAAAAAUAGCCUUCUCUGCUUGGAAAACGGAAUGUGCAGCGCACAGCCGCAGUUAUAGAGGGGGAGUUGGAUGCGAGACUCCGGCGUUCUUGCAAGGAACCCAAGCCCAUGUCUGCCUAAAGCAUCGGCGCGUCGGCUUGAUUCGCGUUGUCACCGCAUCUCGCCUCAAGCUGCAACAUCUCCCCGAUUUCGUUUCUCUCCCCAAACGCCGAGAAUAUAAAAUGCACUCAUGCAUGAUGUGGAUACGGCUAAAAACGAUUCUUUAUCUUCUCAUUUUAUCACAAGCAGUAACUGCAACCAGUAAGUUGUUUGGGGAAGAUGAUCAAGUCCGAAUGAUAUCCGAGGGCUCUGACUGCCGCUGCAAAUGUAUCAUGAGGCCACUGACAAAGGAUGCCUGCAGUCGCAUCCGGAACGGGAGCUUGCGCUUUGAAGACUUCUACACGGUCGAAACCGUCAGCUCCGGGACAGACUGUCGGUGUUCCUGCGUGGCCCCUCCAUCGUCUCUCAACCCCUGCGAAAAUGAGUGGAGGAUGGAAAAGCUCAGGAAGCAGGCUCCAGAAUUCUUUAAGUUGCAGUCAAUUGUUGACCUACUGGAAGGCACCUUGUACAGCAUUGAUAUGAUGAAAGUUCACUCAUAUAUACGAAAAGUAGCAACACAGAUGAACAACCUUGAAGAGACCAUCAAAUCAAACCUGACCAGGGAGAAUGACUUCAUGAAAGAGAGUGUGAAAAACCUUUCUGACCAGAUGAAACGUUAUGAAAACUACUCUGAGAUCAUGCUCAGUGUGAAGAAGGAAAUUUCGAAGCUGGGUCUCCAGCUACUGCAGAAGGAUGCAGCUGUGGAAGAUAAGCAACAGGACACAGCUGGACCAAAGGGCGUAAAGUAUUUAAAUAAAGUAGAGAACAAGAAAAAGCCACCAGCACGCAAACCUCCUCCCAAAGUACCAAAAGACAAAGGGAUUAAACCAAAAAAGGCCGCUACAAAAACAAAACCAGCAGCCUUACCCAAAAUACCUCAGCCCACCACCAAGGCCAAGCCUGGCGUCCAGCAGCCAGGUAUUGUAAAAAGUGUUACCUACUACAAAGCCGGAAGACGUGAAGACACAGGAAAUAGUGGCAAGAAUAGUUCGUCUAGAGGGACAUCUCGUUCUGAGGAUCAGGAGUCAAGAGCAGGAGAGAAGUCUCAAGGUCCUCGCGAAUCUGAGGGAGCUGACAGGCGUACAGAGGAUUCAACCACGGCUUCAUUUCCUGUCACCAGCCCAACCACCACAGCUGGACCAGUCACAACUACCGCAGUGACCCCUCACUCAACCAGGCCAAAUAAAGUCAGUGAAGGUGAGUGUUAUGGGACAUUAUCAAUGAUCGAACCACCUAUCAAACACCAUAGCUAUGGCCGUAAUGAAGGUGCCUGGAUGAAAGAUCCCCUGGCAAAAGACAACAGGAUAUACGUGACCAACUAUUACUAUGGAAACAAUCUGGUAGAGUUCAGAAACCUUGAAAACUUUAAACAAGGACGAUGGAGCAACCUAUACAAGCUUCCUUACAACUGGAUUGGAACAGGCCAUGUUGUUUACAAUGGGUCAUUCUAUUACAAUCGGGCUUUUACCAGAAAUAUAAUUAAGUAUAAUAUUAAGCAGCGAUUUGUGGCAGCCUGGACCCUUCUUCAUGACGUGGUUUAUGAAGACACUACACCGUGGAAAUGGCGAGGACAUUCAGACAUUGACUUUGCUGUUGAUGAGAGUGGCCUGUGGGUCAUUUACCCUGCCUCAUAUUAUGAGUACUCUCAGCAUGAAAUCAUAGUCAUCAGUAAACUAGAUCCGAUCGACCUUUCAGUGAAGAAAGAGACAACAUGGAAAACAGGCCUCAAACGUAAUUCCUAUGGUAACUGCUUCAUCAUCUGUGGUGUUUUGUAUGCGGUAGAUACCUACAAUGAAAAAGAAGGCCAAGUAUCUUAUGCAUAUGAUACUCACACAGACACUGAGAUAAAUCCAAAGUUACCUUUCAUCAACGAGUACACUUAUACCACCCAGAUUGACUACAAUCCCAAAGAGAAAGUUCUGUAUGCAUGGGAUAAUGGUCAUCAGGUCAUCUACAAAAUCAUUUUUGCAUUCUGACUUUAUACAGAAACAUGGCCCAUCACACAGCACUUUUAAUUUGACUUGUUUUGAUCAUUUAUAAAGAAUGAGAAUUUGCACUUGGGCUGGUAGAGAGGUUUAAAUGGAUGACAACUCUUGUCAUAAAUGACCUUGAGUAAAUAAUAAGUUCAGAAAAGCAUGAUGAUUUAUGACUGAUUGUUCUACAUGAGCACAAUGUACCGCACAUAAAUAGUCCCCUUUUACUUCAGAACAGCACUAACUAGUAUUUAGAUCCAAAUGGCAGAUUUACAGAGCUCCUCCCUUUAUGCAGGAUGUCAUCAAUAAAAGAUAUUAUCGAGAUAAGCUGCAGUUUAAACCAGCAGACUAAUGCUACUUCUUCAGAUAUAUCAAACCGGCAGACUGCAUCUUUGAAACACCACCAACAAAGUGUGUUCCAAAAUUGUCCCUAUAACAUCCACACAAAGGAUCAACCGUUUGAUUUAUAUCUAUAGUGACUCUAGUCAGGGCAUGUUUGAUUGACCACGUUUCUUGAAAACACUAAUAAUAGUUAUAGUUUAAAAACCAAAGGCCCCUUUGCAAAUUUUAGCUGCUUCAGUUGCAGAACAAAAUUGGCAGUGAAAGGGAUUAGCAUUAAUUACACGGACAACAAGAUUUUACUUUGCAACAGGGUCCAUGGCCAUCCAUGGCCAGGCUGUGUUGCGAAUAACUGAUCUGCUACUGCCCAUACUACACCCAGCUGAGUGAUUCAAUUUUCCAAAUUGAAACUCAUUCUCCCAUGAGUUUGUGUUAGUAUUACUGUGUCAAAACUUGCACUGUAUGUAUAACCUUGUUUUGUAAUUUGCUGGAUAGUGUGAAACUAGGGCUACUCCUAAAUGCUUCAAGUACUGUACUCUGUUGCCUUUUGAUUAGGAAAUGUACACAUUGUAUAUCCAUGUAAACAACCUGUGUAAAUUAUGCAAAUAGACUUUGAUUUAAGGAUUUACGCAGGACACAAAGCUGUUUCUGUACAAAGAACAGAUUUUAAGUAAUACAAGAAAUACAAAAUGUAUCUUUUAUUAUAGUUAUUUCAGAAUAAUUUUAACGUAUUUCUAGAAUUCUGUCUGGUCUAAGCGUUGCAGUUGGAAGGCUGGAAAGGAAUAAGCACAAGCAAGACAUUUUGCAGGUCAAAGUUAUAUUGCGUAGUCUAAAAUAUCAAGUGAUGCUAUAGAUUUGAAUGACUUAAGCUAUGGCAGUUUGCCUUAGCUAUCGCUCAGGCCAUUAUACUCACAAUCCAAUAUGUUAUACCAGCUCCUUUGUUUGAAAAAAAAAUCAAAAGUUUGAUGUUUCAGUCGCUGCCUUAAAGAAAUAUUGUAGACCAAUUGAGAACUUGUGUAAUGCCUAUAUAUACUCCUCACAUCAUCUCUGUGUAAUGUUUUUGCAUUGUGCGGAGACACUAUCACACUUGGUAACUCUGACAAACAGCAUUUCGCUAAUAAUGUAAUCAGAACCAGAACUCAGCUUGCAGACUUCCUCAUUUACAAAGCUUGAAAAGGAACAUGACCAUAUUGUGAUGAGUUUUAUCUCGUAAGAACUGAGAACAUGAUUAUAAAGGUACUUUGAUAAAAAAAGAUUCAAAAAUCAAUUUAAUUUUUAGUUGGCUUGGAAUUAUUUACUUGAUACAGUGCAAAGUAAUACAUAAAAUUAAGUGAAUUUAUUCCACAGCUUACAGCAGGUUUCCAUUCCAGUGAACUGUUAGUAACCUGAACAGUCGCAAAGCGAGUUCCCAGGUGGCGGAAGAUGCCGGCAGCCCCACAGCAACCAGCAAAUCCAUCCUGCUGGUCUCCCAAACACUCGCUCGUAUGUACGGGCUGUACAGAAGUUGUGCGGUCCUA